AUGGGGGAGGCUAAAGUUCAUUUCUUGCACCAAGAGGAGUUGCUGGAGUGCCUCCGGCAGGCUAUGGAACAGAAGCUGGCGGGCGCGAACCAGUCCAGAACCUUCUACAGUCAGGUCAUCCUUCCAGACAUGGACUUCGGCACGCCUGAAACCACCACAACGACGGCCGCAGCCGGGACCAGCAGUAAGAAUCCCGGGGACAGAGGGGAUGCAUCCCCGGAUACCGAAGGCCCCACUCCGCCUGAAGGCAGCGGCGGCGGCUGUGGCGCCUCCGCUAGUCAGCGGUUAUCGUCCCGCCGCUCCCCGCCCGCCCCCCGCAAUGUCGGCCUCGAGGCCAUGGUAGAAAGCGACGAAGGUGACGAGGAGGAGGCAGGGGGCGACGCUGGAUCAUCUUCCGGGGAGGGUGGACAAGCGGCAAGGGGGAGCGGGAGCGGACGGAAGCGAGGCAGGGCAGGGGUGCCGGCGCUGUUCUCUCCUUUCCAGCCGUCCUCUCAGCCCGGCGGGAGCAACAAACAGAGAGGCCAGGCUCGCGGAGGCGGCAGUGGUAGGUCUUCCGACGUAGACGAGGACGGGCGCGGACGGAAGGCGAAGAGGGGACGUACGAACGAGGAGGAUGGUGAUGCGGCGGCCGCUGGCGGGGCCGAGGGGCCGGCCGCAACGGAGAUUUCUUCGUCCGAAGAAGAAGAGGGCGAGGAGGAGGAGGAGGGCGAUGUGGCGAAGAGGGGACGUACGAACGAGGAGGAUGGUGAUGCGGCGGCCGCUGGCGGGGCCGAGGGGCCGGCCGAAACGGAGAUUUCUUCGUCCGAAGAUGAAGAGGGCGAGGGAGGAGAGGAGGGCGAUGUGGUCAUGUGUGUGUGCCCGGAACCCGACGUCGGGCAAUCGGACAACGUGGGCCAGGAGGAGGAGGAGGGGAAAUGUUCCGCCUCGGUGGCGACUAGCGGGGAUCGAUCACAAGAAAAGCCGAGUGCUGGCAACGGUACCGGCGGCGCGGUGGCAGCAGAGGCGGAACGCCCGGACGAGGAAAAAACGCCGCAGACGAAGCCUAGUAGCAACAACAAACAGAACAAGAUGAAACCGUCGAAAAGGAAGAAGCAGGCCAAGCCGUUCGCGGGCAUAAGCAAGCUCGGCGGCCCACACCAGAACUGCAACUGCUGCGGAGGCAGGGCCCCGCGAGGCCCCGACGGGUCCAUUGUUUUGACGCAGGGAGCGGGUGCGACUGGCGGCAGUAGCAGCAGCAGCGGCACCCCCGGGGAUGGUAUCGAUGGCGUCCCCUACCGAGGAACCCCUUCUUCUCAGGACAGCAGUAGCAGCAGCCAGGCGGCGGCGGUGAGAGCGCAGCAGCAGCACAGGCGGCCGGACACCUUCGUUGAGACCAGCGUCAAGUACAACAGCGUCCGCUCGCUUAUCGCAGACUUCAAGACGCAGGCGAGUGAGACAGGGCUGAAACCUGAAGGGCGAGGUGGGGGGAGUCGUGGAGAUUUUCGGUUGUGCGUGGAGGCAUGCUCAUGGUUGUGCGCGCACAAGGGACUGACGCAGAUGCUCAGGAAGUACUCCUUCGUGGGCAUGGUCGACUUGCACCUCUCGCUGCUCCAGUUCAACACCAAGCUCGUGCUCGUCAACCACACGGCGCUCAGGUAGGCUGCCGUUGUUGUUGUUGUUGUUGUUGUUGUUGUUGAGGCAAUGGUGCGUGCUGCUUCUUUUAAGUGGAACACAGCACACCAGAGCUUCGUUCGUAGCUUUUGCUGCCGACCGCUUUAAUUUUGGUCACUCAAGUUCUCCCGUAAUGGGUUCAUAGCUAAUUUUCCGUCCCCGCCCCAAGAGGCCUCCGGCGACAAAACGUCAGGACACCACUACUACUCGAGACCAAAGCUACAGCACAAAAAAAAAUGAUGUGUCCCCUCGAGAGAGGAAACGCCUAUGACAUGGUAGCUGGCGUUGCUUGUGUGGCUUUCUUCGUGCUCGGUGGUGUAGAGCUGGCGUACAGUGGGCGAAAACACGACGCCUUCCCGCCCCCCUUGCCCGUACCGUAAGCAUGCGACGCGGCACGUUCGGCACACAGUAGCUGUGCAUGAUAAGUAGCAAACAAGGAACAAACUGCACCCCCCCCGGGUCUUUCUUCGUCCUCUCGAGGGCACAUGGCCAAUGGUCUAACCG